AAAGAAAAACGAUUUGCAUUCCGAAAACUAAAGUAUUUUAAUCAUGUUUAUUGUGGCCGUAACUGGUGGCAUUGCCUCUGGAAAGAGCACAGUCAGCAAAGUUUUUCAAAAACAGGGUAUCCCAGUAAUAGAUGCAGAUAAAAUCGCCCGUGAGAUUGUGGAACCAGGUCAGCCCUGCUGGAAGCAGAUUCGAGAAAUCUUCGGCGAUGAGGUGUUGUUGCCCAGCAAAGAGAUCAACCGCGCUGUCCUCGGGAAGAUGAUCUUUGAGGAUAAGGAGCUGCGGGGGAAGCUUAACAAGAUCACCCAUCCCACCAUACACCGCAAGAUCUUCUGGCGGGUGUGCAAGUUGCUGGUCUCAGGGCAUUCCUGGAUAGUUCUGGAUCUGCCAUUGCUGUUCGAAACUGGAGUUCUCAUGGAUUACAUUCACAAAAUUGUCUGCGUAUCCUGCGAUCAGGAUAAGCAACUGGAACGAUUGAUUGCCCGCAAUGAGCUAUCAGAGACGGAGGCACGGCAUAGGGUGAACUCGCAAAUGCCCCUGGAAAAGAAGUGCGAGAAAUCCCACUUCGUCAUCGACAACAAUGGCAGCGUCGAAGAAACAGAGUCGUCAGCCAUGAGCAUAUACAACAUGAUGUGUGAGUCCAAGCAGCACUGGCUUAACCGCAUUUCCUUCCUGGGCCUAUUUCUGAUCGUUGGCUUCUCGAUCUACCUUCUGUUGAAGGUCUUCAACAAACUGCCUGCAUCUUGGCAGAUGUAGACGCCUAUAUGCCAUUGAAUGCUACUUUUCGUGUUAAUGCAAUUGAAACCAAACAAACCAAUUAUGCUAUUUUAACGCUUGCUAGGGAAAUAUACAUACAUUAAAAGAGAAAACUCAAAA